AUGUCCGUCCACGCCAACGGAAAGACCCCAGCUCAGGCCUUCAGCCAGUCGCCAUUCCGCACACGCAGCGACUUCCAGGACGCCUGUCGAGCCCUUCUCGACCCUCUCAUUCCACGCUUCACGCCUCAGGGCAGCCGGGUGAAGAUCGGCUCCUCGACAACCCGCUUCGAUGAAGGAGGCGCGCAGAUCGAGGGCUUUGCCCGCCCGCUCUGGGCUCUAGGCUCUCUGCUCGGUGGCGGGUAUGACUACGCGGAAGCCGCGCGCUGGCGAGACGGCUUCAUCAGUGGGACUGAUCCCCACAGUCCGGAGUACUGGGGCGACAUCGAGGAUCUGGAUCAGCGCAUGGUCGAGAUGUGCCCUAUCGGAUAUACGCUGGCGGUUGCUCCGCAUUUCUUCUGGGACCCGUUGACGGAGCAGCAGAAGGAGAAUAUUGCGAGCUGGCUGGCGCAGAUCAAUGCGCGCGAGAUGCCAAAUACGAACUGGCUGUGGUUCCGGGUCUUUGCCAAUCUUGGUCUGCGGAGGAAUAACGCCCCUUACUCCCUUGCUCGCAUCGAGGCGGAUAUGGAUCAUCUGGAUACGUUCCACGUCGGCAGGGGCUGGAGCAAUGAUGGCCCCAAGAGUCACCAUCAGAUGGACUAUUACUCUGGCUCCUUUGCUAUUCAGUUCCUGCAGCUGCUAUACGCCAAGUUGGCGGGUGAUUUCGACCAGCCUCGUGCUGAGCGAUACCGUGGGCGUGCGAGGCAGUAUGCACAUGACUUUGUACAUUACUUCUCUCCGAAUGGCAGCGCGAUCCCAUUCGGACGCUCGAUGACAUACCGCUUUGCCAUGGUAGGAUUCUGGGGUGCAUUGGCGUUUGCCGAUGUUGAGCUGCCUGCUCCGUUGACCUGGGGUGUUGUCAAGGGCAUUCUGCUGCGUCAUUUCCGCUGGUGGGCGACGCAAGAGGAUAUCUUCAACAGCGACGGCACACUGAGCCUGGGGUACUCUUACGCGAACAUGUACUUGACGGAGAACUACAACUCGCCCGGAUCUCCCUACUGGUGUUGUCUUUCCUUUGUGCCUUUGGUGCUGCCACAAUCGCACCCAUUCUGGGCGGCUGAGGAGGAACCCUACCCGACAGCCUCCCUUCCCGCCGUGGUGGCGCUCGAAUACCCCAAGCAUAUCAUGGUGCAUCGCGGUGGCCACUGGUUCCUGUUAUCUUCAGGACAGGCUUGUCACUACCCCUUGAAGGCCACCCAGGCCAAGUGCGGCAAGUUCGCUUACAGCGCCUCGUUCGGAUACUCGGUGCCCACCGGGUCAUACCAGCUUGAACAGCACGCACCCGACAGUAUGCUGGCCCUCUCUGACGACGGAGGUGAUCUCUGGCAGACACGUCGGCUCGCGCUCAACGCCCGAUUCGAGUGGUUGGAUGAUGUGCCUAUGCUCGUCUCCGGGUGGAAGCCAUGGCCAGGUGUAGACGUUGAAACGUGGUUGAUUCCUCCGACUGAGGAGUUCAAGAACUGGCACAUCCGCAUCCACCGUGUGAAGACGGACCGCGAGCUCUUAGUCAACGAAGGUGCGUUUGCAAUCUACGGCUGCCACAGCGAUAACGGGCGCAUCCUUGGUCCCUUCAGUCAAGAUUCGACCGAGGGAACAUUGCAGGAGGCACGUCGGGCGCUUACGGUCUCGUCCGUGGGUGCUGUGGGCAUUGUCGAGCUUCAAUCGAACGUAGAGCGAGCGGGGAGAGUGGUGCUAGCAGAUCCCAACUCAAACCUAAUGUACGGUCGCACGCUGCUUCCCUCACUGGGCUCGAAGCUGAGCCCAGGGAGUGAGACUUGGUUUGCGACGGCGGUGUUCGCGUUACCAGCUGAAAACAAUGGCGACAAUUGGCAGGAAAAAUGGCGAGAGAGGUGGGAACGAAUCCCUGAUAUUCCUGCCAAGUUGAAGCAGGUCAUGGGAAUAGAGGGAGAGGCCAAGUCUUGA